CCCAGCUCCAUCUCGAUACCAACGAACCAUCAAUUUACGAUCACUCUCAGCCCUCAACCUCCACAACUUGUUCGCCGGCGGCAACGAAGAUGAGGCCAAAUGCCGGCGGCAACUUCAUCGACAGCCCUCAUGUUAGGCUCACGACGGCGGUGUUGGCGGCGGAAUAGACGCCGUAGGGCGGCCUUGAUCUUGACAGCGCAAACCAACUCAUCAGAUCUAUGUGUUCGACUCUGUAACAACAGAUAAGGAAUACACAACCCCGAUUUCAGAAUAUUAUAAUGGACCGGCGAAAUACAGAAGCUUUCUUAUAUGCAGGAAUGGACAGCAACUCUCAGUCUUCCGGUUUUCAGCCUCCGCCUCCUGGAGUUGGACCAAUAGGCCCUCGAAGUUAUGCUCCACCCUUCCCUAUGCAGCCUCGCGGGCCUCCCGGAGUUGGACCAAUGGGCCCUCAAUGUUAUGUUCCACCCUUACCCAUGCAGCCUCGUUGGCCUCCUGGAGUUGGACCAAUGGGCCCUCAAAGUUAUGCUCCACCCUUCCCUAUGCAGCAAGGACAGACAACUUUGGGUUCACAACAAUUUUGUUCAGUUGGACAUGGUAUAUCUUCACAUAAUGUUGGGAUGCCAUCUAGUCAAGGUCAGCCUCUGCAGUUUUCUCAACCAAUGCAGCAAUUACCUUCAAGGCUUGGCCAUCCAAACAUACCACAGACCCAGCAAUUUGCUCUGCAUUUAAAUCAACAUAUGCCUGGUUUAGGUGGUCCAGGAGCACCUUUCUCCUCAUCCUAUUCUGGAAGUUUCUCCUCAUCGCAUACUUUUGCAUCAUCUUCUUUUGGCCAGCAACCAAAUGCGCCGAAUGUCUCAUCUCAGUUCCGACCAUUGUCAGAAAUGCAUGCAUACGGUGCAUCACAUGUUACUCCUGUGCAGGUGACUGGGCAACAACCUUCAGUUACUGCUUCCACAGUUCCACAACCAAAUGCGCCAAAUGUCUCAUCUCAGUUCCGACCAUUGUCAGAAAUGCAUGCAUGCAGUGCAUCACAUGUUACUCCUGUGCAGGUGACUGGGCAACAACCUUCAGUUACUGCUUCCACAGUUCCACAACCAAAUGCGCCGAAUGUCUCAUCUCAGUUCCGUCCAUUGUCAAAAAUGCAUGCAUGCAGUGCAUCACAUGUUACUCCUGUGCAGGUGACUGGGCAACAACUUUCAGUUACUGCUUCCACAGUUCCACAACCAAAUGCGCUGAAUGUCUCAUCUCAGUUCCGACCAUUGUCAGAAAUGCAUGCAUGCAGUGCAUCACAUGUUACUCCUGUGCAGGUGACUGGGCAACAACCUUCAGUUACUGCUUCCACUGUUCCAGUGACUGGGCAACAACCUUCAGUUACUGCUUCCACAGUUCAAAUAACACAUACAAUGCAAGUAUCAUUAAUAAAGGCCGAGGACAUCAUUGGGAUCGCCGGAGCCAAUGUUAGUUACGUUCAUCGUACUAGUGGAGCGAAUCUUACUGUGUCAGAGACGGAGGGCAUUCCUGAAGAGAUGACUGUCAAAAUUAAAGGCACCUAUUCAGAAGUUCUGAAGGCUCGACGUCUUAUACAGGAGUGUCUUAGUGCCGGAGCCAAAUCCAUGCGUCGAGGAGGAGUUUGACACCCGAUCGAGUUCCUACUCACAUUUGGCUGGCACCUCCCCGUCAUUUUCAUUUGCAUCUGAGCCAUUUGGUGCGUAUGAACCUUGUAAUUUUGGAGAACUAAAUUAUAUUUUCCAUUUUUGGACUCCCUGGAACUCCAUUGUAGAAUGAUCUUGUGGUAGUCAAAUGUUGUAAAGGAGAGAAACUAAUUUUCAUGAAGACCUUACUAACUCGCAUACACAGACAGAACAAAGAAAAAAAUUGUGUCUGUGCUCUGUUCUUGUGUAUGUUUUCAUUUUGAAGUUUUCUUGCUUGCAUUUACUAAA